AUGAUCCCAGAUUCUCAGUCAAGCGAUGUCGCUGCGCCGCAAGGCCGAACGUACCGCUCGACGCCCUCCGCCAAGCAAGUCCGUUUCCCGAUGAGACGCAGCAAAGUUCGUCGUGAGCAGGGCAAGGGCAAGGCAGCCCAGAAGCAGAAGCGAGGGAAGGACGCGUCGUUGAAGCAGCAGACGCUGACGCAGAUGGACUUUGUCUCGUCGUUUAGCGAAGUCAGCGAAGAGGUUACGCUUUCGGAUAGUGAUGAUGCGUCGGAUGGAUCGUUUUCUGGCGCAGAUACAGGCAAGCCGGUUGUCCUCCCAAAAGGCUCUUCAGAAGCUCAGUUGAAGGACAAGGAGGAGGAGGAGGAGGAAGAGGAGGAGACAAUAGGAGACACGCCGUUCAUUCAAGACUCUUAUGCCUCUCCAGACGACAGCUUGUCAACCCAGGCCUCGCCCAUAAAGCUCCCACCCAUCCAACUACGAGAUACAUUAGUACUAUCUCCCAGCCGCGUGAGAUUCAUAGAACCACAGGACGUCGUCAAGGCUUCUCCACGUCGUCGCGCCCACUGGAGUAGCAAUCCAAGGGGUUCGAAAAGACUCAAGCCGUCUCAAGAAGACGACGUGCCCUCCCCGACACGAGUCCGUUUUUCAACCAAGGAUGUGGAUGAUCGGGAGAUUCCAGACUCUGAUGAGGAAUAUGAAGAGCUCGAGGUGCUAGAAGAGGAUGAAGUAGUACUUCAAGACACGUUUGCGACGGGCCACGAAACUCAGCUUGUCCUGGAGGAGCUUGCAUCUCUGGAACAUCCAGAACGAGACGAAGAAGAACAAAAACAGGUGCCAGGUGCAGUAUCUAGCCAAGUAGUGGCAUCAACACCACAUUCAUCUACAGCCACUUCAUCUGAAACUUCAUCAAACAGCAAGCCGGUUCCUCCAAUAGAGAGUACCGAUCCUCUACCAACAACGAAAACAAUAUUACACUCCCCCACCAUCUCACAAUCACCAAAUGCUACAUCCGAGUCCCAUCAAUCAACAGAUCUCAGCCAAAAACCACACGAUCAAAUCUUCGAAUCUCAGCGCGUACCCCUUCACAUCCUCCAGUCAUUCACCCCCGUAUCCGCACGCACAGACAUCCUCCUCCCCAUCCCUUCCAAGGUCCUCAGCUCCCUUGUCAAUGGUUCCAAGCCACUCCUCCAUCUACCCUACCGAAUACCUGAACUAGUCGCACGGUUCUGGCUGCUCGACCAAGAGACACUGCGCUACAUGGCCUGCGUGCAGCCCGGCGAGCCCAACGGCUCUGAAUGGGACUAUCACGUUGAUCAAGUAUACGAGCUCAACAACCCAGUAGAAGAGCGCGAUAUGCAAGAAGAAGGCUGGAUCACCGGACAAGUCCGGCGAUACAUUUACUUGCCCCCAGCCAUAGUAGGACAACUCCUAUGGAAUCUCCGAUGCGCAACCUUUGACCGUACCGAACAAGAAGAACAGGACGAUGAAAACACCCAAGAGAAGAACAUCGUCGAGGCUUUAGAUUGGCGCUCGCCUGAGUCCAGUAUGCCUCUACAUCCAGCGGCCCAUUCUCAAAGCCGUUCGACGAAUCAUGAUACGGGCCAACCAAGCAGUUUGCUGUUUCAAGACCACGGGAGCUCCUUGGCCACUUUCCCAGCAAACGCCGUCUUUGACUCCUCUCCACUGUUGACAAAGAGUCAGAUGCUCUCCGACAGUCUACUUAGCGAUGAUGUUUGA